AUGAGAGGGCCUUCCUGCCUCUGGGUCUUGCUCCUACUGCUGCUAGGAGCUGCUGGGACAGGGACGCUGGAGUCUGCAGCCUGCGGGCAGCCCCAGGUGUCGAGUCGGAUCGUGGGGGGCCGGGACGCCCGGGACGGACAGUGGCCGUGGCAGGCGAGCAUCCAGCACCGCGGGGCGCACGUGUGCGGGGGCUCGCUCAUCGCCCCCCAGUGGGUGCUGACCGCAGCGCACUGCUUCCCCAGGCCGACGCUGCCGUCCGAGUACCGCGUGCGCCUCGGGGCGCUGCACCUGGGCCCCGACUCGCCCCGCGCGCUCUCGGCGCCCGUGCGAAGGGUGCUGCUGCCCCCGGACUACUCCGAGGACCGCGCCCGCGGCGACCUGGCGCUGCUGCAGCUGCGCCGCCCGGUGCCCCUGAGCGCCCGCAUCCAGCCCGUCUGCCUGCCCGAGCCCGGGGCCCGCCCGCCCCCCGGCACACCGUGCUGGGUCACCGGCUGGGGCAGCCUGCGGCCGGGAGUGCCACUUCCAGACUGGCGACCUCUGCAGGGAGUAAGGGUGCCACUGCUGGAUGCGCGCACCUGUGACCAUCUCUACCACGUGGGCACCAACGUGCCCAGCGCGGAGCACAUAGUGCUGCCCGGAAACCUGUGUGCCGGCUACAUCCAGGGCCGCAAAGAUGCCUGUCAGGGUGACUCUGGGGGACCCCUGACCUGCGUGAGAUCCGGGCGCUGGGUCCUGGUGGGCGUGGUGAGCUGGGGCAAGGGCUGUGCCCUGCCCAACCGUCCAGGGGUCUACAGCAACGUGGCCGCUUACAGCCCCUGGAUUCAGGCUCGUCUUAGCCUCUAAUGCAGUAACACUGACCUGGAGCCAGAGGCUGGGGUCCCUCUGAGGACCUGCCCAUUCCCCACACCUUGCCCCUUCCAACUUGAGGCUCACAGGCCUUAUAAAGCUAAGGUGUCAUCCAUCCGUCCAUCCCUGCCUCCUCCAUAGGGCUCACCAAGCCCUAACCGCCAACCUUCCUCCAGGAGUCUCCCGUUUGGGGGGGGCGGGGGGGCUGUCUCACAAUCCCUCAUGCCCCCCUCCCCUCCUUCUCAUAUUUACCCUUCUCAGCUUCAGCGGGGGGCUGGGCCCAGGUCCCCAGAGACAGGCAAGCCAGCUGGUGCCUGGUCUGGCCUCUGGGCCCCCUUUCUCUGGAGGAAGUCAGGGAGCUUCAAAGUGUGAGAGGGAUUCAGCCCCAGGGAGAUGCUUCUCCAUUGCUGGCUUUGAAGAUGGAGCGGCCUCCAGGAGCUGAGGGCAGCCCCCAGCUGACAGCCAGCGGGGAAGCCCCUCACUGCUACAACAGCAAGGUGCUGAAUGAGCCUGGGACCCAGCUCCCCCCCGGCCUCCAGAUGAGAGCCCCACCAGGCCGCCCCACAGGCCAAGCCCUUGAGCCCAGUGGAGCCCACCCAGACUUCUGGCCCACAGAGUUGUGA